AUGAUGGACAGUGAAUAUCAUGAGCCCACGAAUAAAGAAAAAGAAACAAAAUUAUUAAAUAAUUCAAAUUAUAAUAAAUCGUAUGACAAUAAAACAACACAAAUUAAAAAUUUGAGAAAUGACGAAAACCAAAGUUCCCAAAAUAUAAAAGAGAGCGAAUGGAAAAAAGACAAAGGUGAUACAGAAGACAAAUUGAAUCAUAAAAUGGAUGAUAUAAACAAAAGACAGGAAUUCGAAACAAAUGGAACUACAUUAAAAAAUGGUGGUAUAAAUUUUUACAGUAGCAUAACUGAUAGAAUAUCAAAAUUAAAAACGAUCAUAAAGCCUAAAAAAAAAGGUAAUGCCACAGAUAUACAAGAAACAAAAAACCAAAAUGGAAAGGCCCAAAACGAUGAUUCUAAAAAUGUCCAAAAUGAAUCAUUAUUAUAUAGUAACGAAACAGAAUACGAUAAUAAUAUGAAAAAUAAUAGUAAUAGUGAAAAUAAAAAAAAAUAUAAAAACAAAAAAGAAAUUGAAUUAUUAAAAAAUAUUGCGAAGCGAAAUUCUUUAAAAAAAAUUGAAAAAAAUAUAAAUCUUUUAUUGGUGUCUGAAGAUGACGACGAUGAUAGCAUUGAUAAUAAUUCCGUUAGUGAACAUCUCAAAAAAAAUAAUGAUACUAAAAAUAUGCAAAAUGAAAAUUCUCCUAUGGGCAGUUUAUAUCAUACAAAUAUAAAAAAAAGUGAAGAAAGAAAACGUCUUUUAAAAAAAAUGAUUGAAAAUGUUAACGCCCCUUAUAAUAGUGCAGAUUAUAAUCAAACUGCAAUUCGCACUAAAUUAGGGAAUAAAAAUAUAAAUAAUAGUAAUAAUAAUGAAGGAUAUGACCACGAAACCAAUAGAGAGGAACAUAGUGGUUUGCUACAUAAUGAUGAUUUUGAUAUAUCAUUAGUGUCUAGUGAUAGUUUAAAACAGGAUUUUAGUAUUUAUUCAUUUAACGGAACAAAUAAUUCUAAUAAUAAAUAUCUUCCCAAUAGUAUUGAUAAUAUGAAUAUUAGUAAAAUUUCUGGAUUUUCAAAAUUCAAGGAUUUAGAAACACAAGGGCAUGAUACAUUUACAGAUUCUUUUAAUUGUAAUAGCAAUAAUAAUAUCAAUAAUUCUUUUAGUAAAUAUAUUCAAGCAAAUAAUAAAAAUGAAAAAGAAAAAAUAUAUGCCAAUAUAGAUAACAUCCCAGAGUCCCAUUAUAUAAAGAAUAUUAAUAAUUCAGAAGGAGAUAGCACAUUAAAUCAAAGAGAAAAAAGAAAAUUUAUUGAUAAUUCAAACACUGAUGAUUGUAAUAAUUCUUUUCAGACUUAUAUGAAUAAUAGUGGAAUUAUUAAUAAAAAUAAAAACAGUAUAAUAAAUAAUAGUGUCGUGAGAAAUUUUAAUCUUAGUAAUAUGAAUGUUGAGCAUUUCGAUCAUUCAGUUAAUAAUCAAUUAGAUAAUAAGUAUAUGGAUUAUCCAAAUUAUAAAAAUUAUAUUGAUUCCAUGAGUGAAGAAUAUGAAAAAGGAAGUUUAAAAAGUUACAUGUCUUCUGAAAAUAAGCAUAGCAAUAAUAAUAAUAUAAGUUCAAUCCCUACUUUUAAUAACAGUAGAUUGGAUAUAGCUUCUUUUUCGAAUAGCUUGGAUAGUAGAAUUACCAAAUUGCCGAAUGAUAUCGAAAAUGCCGAAAUUUUUGAUCAGUCAAACAAAAAAAGACAAAAUAAAGUCGAAACAAUAAUGAAAAACAAAACUCCAAACGAUAUUCUAAAUGCUAUGAAUCGUGAAAAUAAUAGAACUUUGAGUAAUAGCAAAGGGAUGCCUUUGAAAAGUUGCGGACGCAGAGAAGAAUUAGAUGAAAAACAAAGUGUGCUAAAUGAUGAAGAUAGAAAAAUUAGCUUGCAAGAUAUAGAAAGCAAAAUAGUAUCAAAUAUAGAAAAUAAUGAAAAGCUUGAUAAUCAUCACAAUGAAUAUGAAAUUGAUCAAGCGAAUAUUAACGAGAUAUAUAAAAAAAUUAAUUCUAUAUCUAUGUUAAAUGAUCUUAGUUUAACCAAACUAGAAAGUUUAAAUAGUAGUAUAUUAGAAGCGAAUACAAAAUAUAAUGGCCAUGAUAAUUUUUUAGACGAUGUUAUUUUGAAUGAUAGUAUUUUUAAUCAUUCAAAUAUGAUAAAUAAAGAUAAUAAAGAAUUAAAAGAACUUAAUAUAUCAGACAGUUUAAAACAUAAUUUUUUUAAUUCAAUGAAUAAAAGUGAAGAAGAUAAUAUUUUUAAGAUAUCCAAAAGUUAUCUAGAGAAUUCUUUACUUGCUAGUAAACAGGAUAUAUUAAAUAUGAAUGUUUCAAAAAUUAGAGAAAAAUAUGAACGACAUCAAAACAAAAUGAAUAAUUGGGGUAUGAGCUUGAAUAACUCUGAUAAUAUUAUUAUAAAUAACAGUGAUUCCCUUUCUAAUAGUAAAGCUAAUAUAUUAAAUAUAAAUAAGAAUGAAAUCAGCGAUAACAAUAGUACAAAUUUUUAUGAUGAAGAAAAAAAAAUAUUUACUAGUGAAUCUAUUGAUAAACGUGGAUUAAUCGACCAAACUCAGAUAAAUAAUAUUACUAAGCACUUAUAUGAUAUAAAAAAAGAAGAAAAAGAAAAUUAUAAUAAUAUAAAUGAUCCUCAAUCAAAUAAAUCUAUAGUUUCGUCUAAAUUUUCCUACAAAUUAGAUACAGAUGUAUUGCUAAAAGAUUCAGCAAAUUUUGAAAAAAUUGAUUAUAUAAAUUCUUUACGAAAAUCAAAUACUGACAUAAUUGGUUAUAUAAAUAAAUUUGUUGGAUCUAAAUAUGUAGGUGGAGAAAAUGAAACUAUACAAAGUAUUACCCAAAUCAGUGAAGAUAAAAAAAUUGAGGAUAGAAAUAUUCCUAUUCUGAACGACUCAAGGAAUGAAGAUAAUAUAAAGAAUUAUUCCAUGUUUUAUGGAAAUAAAGGGAAUAAUAAUAAAAUUAAUGAAGACAAGUUAAGAAAAAAGGAAUCAGAGUUGCUUAAUUGUAUAACAAGCAAUAUAUAUAAUGAAAGAAAAAUAUACGAGAACGAGUUAUGUGUAAAGAAAGAUGAACUAAUUUUAAAUGAAAAAAUUUUUAGGGAUAAAAAAUUAGAAUUCAGAAAAUCUUUUGAAGAUGAAAAUAUUCCUUUUAAAAAUAGUAACCAUUCUAAUGAUAUACAUAAUGAUGAAGAAACCAAAUGGACUAAUUAUUCUGAAUUAGAUUCAGAAGAAUAUUUUAAAAAAAACAAGACAGAUGCAAGUACAAAUAGUAUGAGUGAUCCAAUAAUAAAUAACAUGAAAUGGGAAGACGAGAUGGAUAUAGGUGCUGUUGGUGAUAAUAUCACUAUAUCUGGGAAAAAUAAUUCUUUUAAAGGAGCUAAUUUCUCAAAUAAGGAUUAUAAUACUAACUAUGGGGAGAUAAAAAAUGUAAAGGACGAUAAUGAGAAUAAUAUAGAUAGAGGUAUUAAAUCGAAGAACGAAUUGAAUAUAACGACAAGACAUGCACCAAAAAAAGAAAAUGAAAAAAGAGAAAUGAAUGAAACGAGUGAAGUUGAUAUUAUUGAUCAACGUGAUUUUAUGAACCCAAAUUCAAAGAGUAUGUAUGAACGUGAAGUAAAUAUAAGUUCCGAUAUGACUGAAGGCCAUAUUGCAAAAAUUAAUUCAAAAAUUUGUGAAAAUGAUAAAACAGGACAGAAUACUGCUUAUGACGAAUCCAAAAAAGUAUUAAAUAAUUAUGAUGACAUAGUAAGAAAUAGAAAUAAUGUGAAUGAAAAUACAUUUAAUAUUUUUAAAAAUAAUACAAAAUUAGAAUAUAAUAAUUACAAUAGUGAUACAGGUUUUAGUGAUACGGGAACGAAUAAAUCGUACAUUUCAACAACAAUGAAAUUUCCAAAUGCUAUAUCAGAAAAAGAUGACAAGAAAAAAAACAAAAGAAAGCGUAGCUUCGAUAAUAGUACUACUUUAGAUGAAAAAGAGAAUAUGAAUAUUAUAAAAAGUAGCUUUGAUCAAGUAGAACAUGAAGCCAGUAAUUUCACUGACUAUCAAAUAAUGGAGAUAUACAACGAUUCAAAAAAUGGCGAAAAUAAUGGUCAUAAUGGAAAAGGCGGAAAUAAUAGCAGCAGAAAUAGUAUAUGUAAUGCAUCCUAUAAGUCAAAUGAUAUUAAACAUAGUAACAUAACGAACAUGUCAGAUGUCCUAAAUUUAAAUGAUAAUAAAAAUACAAAAAUUCUUUUUUUUGAUAAUAUUAAUAAUUCAUCAGAAUAUUAUGAUAUUCCAAAACCAAUACACAGUUCAAUAUUUGAAGAUGAAUCCAAUCGACAUAAAGAAGAUGCAACAAAUAAUAAACAUUAUAAUCAAGUUGAUCAAAAUAAUCAUAUUGAAACGAUACCUUUAAAUGAUGUUAAAGGUUUUAUUAUUAAUUCAAAUUUUAAUGAUAAUUAUAUUUUUCCAAGUAAAUCCUUGAAAAAUAACACGGGAACUUUAGCAGAUCCCCAGAACAUUACUAAUACAAUUGAGGCUGCAAAUAAUGGUUUGCCUACAAAUAUGAAUACCUCAAAUGAGGGUCUCAAUAAUGAAGAAUUCGAAAAUAGUAAUAGGAAAAUUAUCAAAAAUAGAAGCCUCAAAUUGGUUACCGAAAAUAAUAAUUUCGAUAUAGAGAAAGAAAUCAAUAAUAUCACCGGUGGCAAUAACAGUCAUAAUAAUGCAAAUCAAAAUGAACAAAAAUUACAGCAGCAAAAUGUUCUUAUUAAUAAAGAAGAAAAUCCUAUACCUAAUAAACAGCUAAUUGAAGAGGGUGAAAAUGUUAGAAGCUUAGCUGAUGUAAGAGAUCAAAAAGAAUACAGACAAAAAAUAAGUGUCGAAAAGGAUUCAACAAUUUACUUACCUAAUUAUGAACAGGAAAUUAGCAAUAAAUGUAUAAACAAAGGGGUUCCAAAAAUUCCUGAAAAAUCAAAUGAAAUACAAAAAGAAAAUAUUGAACUAUAUAAUAAUAACUUUAAAUCUGUUAAUAAAGACAACAAAGUAAUCCCAUAUACUCAUAUAUCUAGUGAACAAAUAAAAAUAAAAAAUAAUAACACAAGUUUAGUAUCUGAAAAAUUAAACGAAUAUCCUUAUGAUAAUAAAAAAUUUAUUUUUGGUCAAGAAAUAUAUAAUGAUCAUGUUAUAAAAAAUGGUGAAAAAAAUGAACAAGCUAAUAGUUUUAUAUCAUUAAAAGAAAAUAAUAGCAAAGAAUUUCAUACAAAUAUAAAAUCUCGGGGUAAUAUAUAUGUUUAUGCUAAUUUAAAUAAUUCUAAAUAUAAUAGUGAAUUAUGUAACGCUUCAGGAGAUAUGAAAUAUGGAAGUUAUAAUGAUAUAGAUCCUCAAAAUUAUAAUAAAAAGGAUAGUACUUAUAAAAAUAGAAAUAAAUUUGAUGAUAAAAUAUUAAACAAAGUGAAUCGAACAACUGAUAUAUCAGAACAUAUAUAUAUAGAUGAUGCAAUAAUUUCUGCUUUGGAAUUGAAUAAUGGAAGAAUUAUCAGAAGAAGCAAUACAUGUAAUGAACAUUCAAAAUCAUUUAAGAAUGAUCAUAUAAAAAACGAAGUUAAUAAUAUCGUAAGACACCCAAAUUUUCGAACAAAUAAUGAAUAUAUGGAUAGACAUGGAUAUCAAUAUGAAAUGAAAUAUAAAAAUUUAAAUAUAGCUUAUCCUCAUAUUCAUAACAAUAUGAGUGAUAUUAUAAUUCACGAUUCUCAAAAUGAUGAAAAAAAUAAAAAUACAAAUCUCGAAUCACAUUGCAAUUAUAGACAAAAUUGUGAAUGCAUACAUAAUUAUUAUAACGGUGAAUUGAAGAACAAUGAAUAUAAUAAAAAAGAAAAAAAAGAUAUGUCUACAAUGACAAAUCCAAUUUAUGAUAAUAUGAAACAAUAUAAUAAUGAAAAUAUAGAAAAACAAAACGCGAAAAAUAUGGCAAGUAAUAAAAGGGAUUAUAACGUAUCAAAUGUGAAUGAUGCAAAUUUUUUAGCAUAUCAAAAUUCAAAUCAAAAUUAUGUAAAGCCUAAAUCUAUCUAUAACGAAAUACCACAUUAUGUAAUAAAAAAUGGUGGGCAAGAUGGCUCAGAACAUUAUAUUAACAAUAAUGAUAUUUAUAACGAUUUACGAGAUAUUAACAAUUUAUUAGAUGCUAAUCUUAUAAAUCAAAACGAUAUUAAUCGAUAUAUGUCAUAUGAGCGAGUAAAAAAUCAAAGGGCAGAACCUAACAAUUUUGAUGGUAUCGAUAAUAACCCUUAUUAUGAUAAAAAUGGGAAUGUAAACAAUUUAAUAAAAGGAUACAAAAAUAAUACUCAUAAUGAAAGGCAACAUAGUUUUUGUCUUGCUAACUAUGAUUUAGAAAAAAAUGUUUAUGAGGAUGAAAUAAGUAGAAAAGGCACAAAUUGUAACGAAAUGCCAAAUCAUUUUAUGAGAACAAAUAUGCAAAAUGGUGAAUAUAUUGAAAAAAUGAAAUCCGACCAUCAUACCAAUUGUAUAAAUAAUGUAAACAACAAAAUUGAAAAUUCUGAAAGUACUUAUUAUAAAAAAAAUCAGAAUUAUAAUAAUAAUAUAAAUAGUAAUUAUAAUGUUCAUAAGAAACUUCCAUAUAGUUAUUACUAUACUGAAUCAAAUGCAGUUGAAUGUAAAAAGUUACCUCCCAAAAUGAUGAAUAGCCCCAAUCAAAAUUGUGACCAAGGAUAUCCGAAAAAAAUAGGCACAGAUUGUUUUAAUUACAAUCAUGACAAUAAUAGUGCAUGUCAAUUUGCAUCUUCCAAUUACAUACUUGAAGAAAAUAAAAUAUACACCGGACAUUUUGACAAUAAUUUUUGUUCGUCUGGUGAUAAUAGAAAUUAUUAUGGAAUAGAAAACAAUCUAUAUUAUGAUGAAGAAUAUAUAUCUCAAGAAAAUGGAAAAAUAAUAAAAGCACAAAGAAGUCCAUAUAAUAAUAAGGAUCAGUAUUUUAAUAAUUCAGUACAUAAUCAAAAUUCUCAUAAUGUUGAUAAUACUCCAAAUAGUCGAUAUUUUAGAGAACAGACUCAGUAUUCCGAAAAUGAGAACAAUGAAAAUUUUAUGAAACCCCCUCAAAUGAAAUAUAAUAAUUUUAACAAUAACAAAUGUGAUAUUAAAAAUAAUCAUGAUAAUAAUAAAAUAAAUAAUGAUCACAAAUUUUAUGAACAAAAUAAUUCCUCUCAACAAAAAUGUUCUACUUGUGCCUGCCAUACCCGAGGGGAUUAUAAUGGCGAAAUGGAAAUACUUGAAUAUAAUAAUGGAAAUAGACAAAAUACGUCUGAUAAUAAUAAUAAAAUUGAAAAUAGCCCAUAUAUACCUAAUGGAAAAGCAUAUAAAAAUAACUCUCAUAAUAUCAAUUCUGAUCAAAUAAACACCAAAAAACUACAUAAAACUAAUACAAGCAAUCAUCAUUUGAAAAAUACAAAUUCAAAUAUUCAAUUGGAUGUAAAUAAAAUUAAUAAUAGUGAAGCAUAUGGUUAUGAGAAAAAUCUUGAGAUAAAUGAUCAUAUAAUGAUGAAAGACAAAAUAAGUAUGGGGGAAAAAGAAACAAAUAUUGUUCACACUGAUAAUAAUACAAAUAAAAAUGAUAAAGUAAAUGAAAAUGAUGUCGAUAAUAGUGACACUAAUAAAUUAUACAACUUAUUUCGCGAAAAACUUGGUGAUUUAGGAACGGGUCAAAAUGGGCAAGUGCUAAGCCAACUUAUGGACGUAAUGAUAAACAUACAAAAUGAUUUAAAAGAUGUAAAAUCGAAAUUAUUGAUAAAAAAAAUAAAUGAAAUAGAAAAUAAUAUGAAAAAUGAUCAAAAUAAAGAACAACAAAAUGAUCAAGCAAAUGGCAAAUCAAAUGAAAUACUAAAAGAUAAAGAAAGCGAACAAAUGACUGAGCAAUCAAAUGAUGAUGAUAUUUUUACAUUAAAAAAAGUAGAAAUGGCUAUUAAUGAAAUGCAUCGUAGUAUUUCUUCUAAAAAUAUAAAUAAUCAAAAUACAGAAUGCAAAAAAAAAGAGGAAAAGGAAGUCAGAAUAAAUACUCAAUUUAUCGAUCUUGAGAAAAAUAAUAAUGUAGAUGCAUGCUCAAGGAAUAAACCUAUAAUAUCUAGUAGUAGAACAAGUAAUAUAAAUAGAGAUCGUGAUGUCAUUGUCAAGAAAGAGGGUAACGAUAGAGAUGUAAAAAAAAAAGAUGGAAAAGAAAAUAAAAGAAAUGAAAUAAUUAUUAACAAACAAUUUAGCAGUAAUACAAAUGUUGUGUUAAAAAAUUUAAAUUAUGAAUAUAUUGAAGAUUCUACAGUUAGUAAAUCUAAUAGAUUAUAUUUAUUUAAUAAAUUUUUUACAUCACUAUUUUAUGAAGAAAAUACAAAAAUGCACAAUUGUAUUAUGUUUAAUAUUUAUAAUAUUGAACAAAAAAGACAGACACAUAAAGUUACAUUAUUUUCUGAAAAAGAUUAUUAUGAUAUUUUUAAUUUGGCAUACAAUAAUUUAUUGUUCUAUGCUUUUGAUUGCUAUAAAUUUUUUAGAUAUAUAAAAUAUAAAUUUAGAGAUACAUAUAAAAUAUAUGAAAAUUCUACUAUAUGCUUGUAUAUAAACAAUUGCUAUGAAACUAAUUUAAUUAAACGAAUUUUUAUCGAACAAAAUUAUAUUGCGGAUAGUAUCCACAGAAGCAAUACCCAAGAUAACCCUGAAAGAACAAAAAACAGAGAUAGUAAAAAGUGCGAAAAUCAAAUUGAUUCAAUACAAAAACCACCAGUAUCCUAUACACUGAACGAAAAACGGAUAUUAAAAACAUCAACAAAAUACUUUUUAGAUAAUUUCUUAUCUCAUAUAAACAAACAAAUUAAUAUAAAAAAUAUUAUACCAUUAAUGAAAAAGGAAAACUAUGAAUUUGACCAAACAAAUUUAUAUUUUUUUAUUUCAAAUUUUAAUUUAAUGGAUAAAGUUUUUAGUGAUUCUCAUGGGUUUGAUUGCAAUAAAAAAUUUUUUGAAAAAAAUGCAUCUAAUACGAAAAAUUAUGCCAUCUUUUUUAAGUUUGUUCAUGAGGCAACCAAAUUUUUUGAUACAUUUAUUGGUGAUAGUUGCAAUUCCAAUAAAAGAAACAACAACAGAGAAGAAAAGCCCUAUGCAAAUGAUCGGUUAACUAGCCAUGCAAAUAAUUCCGAUGAUAAUUACAAUAAAAAUAAUGGAAACAAUCAAUUGAGUAAUAGAGGUUGUUAUAGACUAAUAAUAGUGGCCUUACAUAAAGGAAAAACUUUCAAAUAUGAAAAUUUUCCAUUUCAAAAUUUUAUGAAAUAUAAGAAUAAUGAAAUAUACAAUUAUUAUAAUAAUUAUGAUUCGAUAUAUUUUAACAAUGGGACAGUUAUACUUUUUGACUUAUCUUAUGCCGUUCCCUUUUAUUACAUAGAAUACUACAAGAAUUAA